CGAUCUUCCACCGCACAACGCGAAACCGUAAAGUCAACUUUGGGAAACUUUUUUGACUUGAGUCUAGCAUCAAAAGAUAACUGAAGCACUGAAAAAUCUCUUAGAAUAUAAUAAUGAGUAAUUCUAGUCAAGAAAAUAAUGGAAAAAAUAUUGAUAAAAAACCAUGUCCAUUUAAAGAAAAAUGCUACAGAAAAAAUCCUAUUCAUCUUGGUGAAAUGUCACAUCCUCAUUUAGAAAAUCUACUUAAUGGUCAAUUGACUGGAGAAAUCAAAUUACCUGAGAGGUUAGACUUCAAGUGUUCAAGUAAAUCUGAUUUAUUAGAACAAUUAAAAGUACUUCAAUUGGUAUUAAAAAAUCAGCAAAGCGGUACGAAAAAUAUAACUGAAGAAACUUCGUCAGAUGUAUCACAACAGAACCAAUUGUAUUUAAAACGAAUAUCAGAAUCUUCAACGAGUUCAAUAAAUAAUAAAAAAAUUAAAGAAAACAAUCCAAAUACAAUGCAUCAAGACAAUACCAAUGCUAAUCUACAAACUUCUAGAGAAAAUAAAUCAUUGUUUGAUCAAUUCAAUUCAUGCACGACUGAACAAAAUAGAGUAGAUAUUCGUUAUAAAACACUUGAAAAAAUGAAAAAUGCUGGUCAAAGAAUACCACAUUUAGUACCUCUUGGUCAGUUUGAUCUUAAAUAUGCACUGUCAUUUCCGUACAACGUAUUUUUAACAUGCGUUCAAAGAGUUGAAAAAACUUGGGACCAACCUUAUACAAUAACUUUUCCAGAAAUAUUGGAUAUAAGUCUUGGAGUAAUAGAAGAGAGUCUCCAUUUCAAUUUUAUGGUUGAUGUUGGAUGGCUCUGUGUACAAUACCUUUUUGCUGGUCAAAAAGCAGAUAGUUUAAUUUUUUUAGGAUCUAGAUGUGAUGAUGUUCCUUUACCAUCGAACAUAAAAAUAGAAUGUAUUAAAACACCUACCGCUUGGGGAACACAUCACAGUAAAGUAUCUGUAUUAAAGUACACUAACGGUGGAGUAAGAAUAAUUGUUUCUACUGCAAAUUUAUAUGAUGAUGAUUGGGAUAAUAGAACCCAAGCUGUUUGGAUAUCUCCUCAUUUACCAAAGUUAUCAGAAAAUCAGGACGAAAGUGAAGGAGAAUCAAAAACUGGUUUUAAACAUGACUUUAUUGAUUAUUUAGAACAGUACAGAAGAUCAUCACUUGAUUCAUGGAUAUCAAUGAUAAAAAAACUUGAUUUUUCUUCAAUUGAUGUUUUCUUUUUUGCAUCAGUCCCAGGAUCGCAUAAAGGCCUAGACAGAAAUCGCUGGGGUCUUCGAAGAUUAGCAACUAUUUUAAGUAAUCAUGCUGAACUUCCAUCUGAUAGUAAAAAGUGGCCUGUUGUUGCUCAGUGUUCCAGUAUUGGUAGCUUAGGAUCUAGUAUCAAUGCUUGGAUAUCACAAGAAUUUAUGCCAGCUAUGACAAGUGGAAAGAAUAAAGGAUUAAAAUCAUUACCAAAAUUUCAAUUGGUUUAUCCUUCGAUAAAUGAUUAUAAAAAUUCUUUUGAUAAACAAGUUGGUAGUUGUUGUCUUCCUUACUCCAUGAAAGUUCAUACAAAACAAACAUGGUUGAAUGAAUAUUUAUAUCAAUGGAAAGCUAAUCAAAAACAUCGAUCACGAGCUAUGCCACACAGCAAAAUUUAUACUCGAAUUUCACCGGAUCUGAAAAAUGUUCCAUGGAUCGUUGUUACGAGUGGAAACUUAAGUAAAGCUGCUUGGGGACAAGGAAACUCUUCAACGACAAUAUUAAAUUACGAAGCAGGUGUUAUAUUUUUACCGAAAUUAUUAAUUAAUGAAAAAUUAUUUCCCAUUCGAGAACCAGAUAAUAAUGGAACACCACCAUUUCCAUUACCUUAUGAUCUUCCUUUGACAUCCUAUGGAAUGUCUAAUGAACCUUUUGUUACAGAUUUUUUUACACAAUAAUAAAAUUUAUAUUAUUCAGAAACCAGUGAAAGGUCUUAAGAAUUAUUUGUAUUUUAUUAAUAAUAAAAUAUUCAUGAAAUGGAA